UUUGACGAGGGCAGAAACACUCUCGCAUUGAAGCCCACCUGUGAUAAGAUUCGGACAUUCGUUGCUGUGAACAGCCAGCUCCUGGUUGUGGAGUUGACGGCGCAAAAUAUCAACGACUUGCUCAGCGGCCCGAUUCGCCAGUUUAGCCUGCUAUUCUACAGCAAGAACAGUGCCGGCAUGACGGAAGCUCUGAAGAACUUCAGGAAGGCUGCCGCUUUCUUCAGGCACCAGGUUGUCUUCGUAACCAUCAACGUUGAUAAAGAACACUUCGAACUGAUCCUCAUGUACUUCCACAUCUGGCAGGGCAAUGUUCCCGCCUUGCGCUUCGCCGAGCAUGACGGUGUCGGAUUUGUGACACCCUUCAUGCCCAAGGCGGACUCACUCAAAACUGAAGACAUCAAGACCUUCGUUGAGGGCGUGCUGAACGGCAGUAUCAAAGAAACACCUUGGUUCGCAGAUUCGUUUAACUCGACAAUCCAUCGCGCCAAGAUGGUCGUGCAAGAGAACUUUGAUGAAGUCGUCUUUGACAAGACCAAGGACGUCCUGGUGCUGUUUUACUCGCCCUGGUGCACCCUCUGUUUUCAUCUGACGCUAGACUACGACUGGUUGGCCAACAGGUACAAUGACCGUGAGGACUUGCUCAUCGUGAAGAUGGACGCCACGAUGAAUGAGCUCGAGCACACAGACAUCCACAGCUUCCCCACCUUGAGGCUGUACAAGAAGCAGACCAAUGAG